AGUACCAAGUUAUUUGUCCAAGUAUCGUUAAACGUGCUUCAGAGGAAACGAACGUCAGGAAUAAAUUUAUUCAUUGUUUUACUAAUAAAUACAAUUUCUACCUAUAAAUAUGAAACCUUUAAUGUUGCAUGGGCACGAACGUGCCAUUACAAAAAUAAAAUAUAACAGAGAAGGUGAUUUAGUUUUCUCUGCUAGCAAGGAUAAAAAACCAAAUGUGUGGUAUUCUUUAAAUGGAGAACGUCUUGGAACUUUUAAUGGACAUAAUGGUUCAGUAUGGUGUAUAGAUGUUAAUUGGAAUACAACUAGAUUUUUAUCUGGCAGCGGUGAUAAUACGUUAAGAGUAUGGGACUGUGAGACCGGGAAAGAGAUUGGACAACUGGAAACAAAUAGCUCUGUAAGAACGUGUGGUUUCAGUUAUUCGUCAAAUCUCGCAGUUUAUUCGACCGAUAAAGCUCUAGGUCAUCAAUGUGAAAUGUUUAUAAUGGAUAUUAGAAAUGUCGAUACUAGCAUGUCGCAAGAACAUGCAAUAUCUAGAAUUUCCGUUUCUGGACCAAGGAUUUCUGCUAUAUUGUGGGGUGCUUUGGACGAAACCAUAAUUACAGGUCACGAAGACGGUGAAAUUACUCUUUGGGACGUCAGAAUGGGGAAAAAGUUGACCAGUACUAAAGGUCACAAGUCUCAAAUCAAUGAUAUGCAAUUUAAUAAAGAUGGAACUAUGUUUGUGACCGCGUCGAAAGAUAAUAUGGCUAAAUUAUUUGACAGUGAAUCGUUGGUUUUAUUGAAAACUUAUAAAACAGAGAGACCAGUCAACUCAGCUACGAUAUCUCCCAUUUUGGAUCAUGUAGUAUUAGGCGGUGGUCAAGAUGCUAUGGACGUAACAACUACAUCAGCUAGACAAGGAAAAUUCGAUUCCCGUUUCUUCCAUCUUGUAUUUGAAGAAGAAUUCGCACGUUUAAAGGGUCACUUUGGUCCAAUCAACUCUUUAGCAUUCCAUCCCAAUGGGAAGAGUAUGUCGACCGGAGGAGAGGAUGGUUAUAUUCGUAUUAAUACAUUCGAUCAAUCUUAUUUUGAUUUCCAUUUUGAAUAUUAAUUAAAUUAUUUGAUUAAACACAAAUAAACAUGACUCUAAUUAAUA